AUGAACAACCCGGCGGGAAAUACGUUUGACUGGGAUCCGCAGAGCGGCCACUGGUGCAUAUUCAUGUAUGGCGUUAAGGGCUGCUCCCUCAACAACACCGCAGACGCCGUCGGGUAUACGUGCAAAACCUGGGGGUGGCCCAACCAUAGCUCGACCAAACAGAUCUACUCGUACCAGGUGCUUAACGAUACCCUUGGAUAUGUCUCUUCGUCCAUUGCUGCGGCACAGGCAACUUCGACGGACUCAUCAACUGCGAGUUCGACGAACACGGCUACCAGCACGGGCGUACAUGACCAGCCAUCAGCGACAGCCACUCCGACGUCUAGCAGUGAUAGUGAGACGGGCUCAUCUGCACCAAUCAAUCAGAAGCAAAACGACAGUUCGUCUCUCUCCGGCGGCGCGAUUGCAGGAAUCGUGGUGGGCGUGCUCGCAGCGGUGAUCAUCGCGGGCGUCCUUUUCUUUUUCCUCUACUGGCGCCGGCGCAAAUAUACCAAAUCCCCCCAGACAGAAAAAGAUCUCGGGGCAUAUGCAUCGCCAUCAUCGCCAGCACCGAUGUCUGCGACGACUGACAACAAGACUGAGCUCCAGGGUUCCAGUGAGAAGGCGCUUCUCGAGAAGGAUGGGUUGGAGCCGGGUCAGAAGCUGGGCGAGCUACAGGGGAGUCGGAAUCAUGUAAUAGAGAUGGAGCAGGGGACUGUACGGGCUGAGUUGGAUGGGUCUCCGCGGUAA